CUCAGAGGUGCCGGAGCGAAAUCGGGAGCUUACCGGAGAAUUCCUUGGGAUUGUUGGGGGGCAUCUCUCCUCCGCUGCUGUGCGCGGCGUGGCUCUUUCCCUGCUCCAUCCUGCUUCCCCGAGCCCGAGUCCUCGCCUUCAGCCCUUCGUGGGGCAGCAGCCACCGCUUAGCCUCGGCCGGGAGAUCCGAAAUGUGAGGAGGGGCCGCCGCUGCCUCCCGCCCCAGGCCGCAGGGUCGGCGUGAGGGAUGCCAGUCCGGCUGGCGCGGACGGCGGGCUGAGGGGCUUCGCCUGACAAACUGAGUUGGCCUCGCGCCGCCCGCCCCUCCCGCGGCCGCCGCUUCUAGGGGACUCUCAAGUCUGCGCACCUCUGUCGGGCUUUUGCUUCAACCACCCCCUUAGCUCUGAUUCCCGAAUUUUUUUUCCCCUAAGGGAGCGUGCGGUCUGAGGGGUGUGUGCGUGUGUGUAAGAGACCUCUGUCGCCGCGCGGCGUGUGGGAAACUGCGGGAAAAUGUUGACUUAACCCCAGGAGCCGCCCGGCGCUGGCUGCUUGGCUGGAGGCAGCGGCAGCGGCAGCCGAAGCAGGAGGACGCUCCGAGCCGCAGCCCUGCCUCCCGCGCGGACUCGGCGGCCGGCGACCCGCUGGCGGCCGGCCUCGGCCCUCCCCGGCCGGGGUCGCCGCUGCCCUCUGCGCCUCCCCCGGCUCGGCCCCUACACCAGACGGCCCUCCCCCGGGGCGCGCUCGCAGAAGGAGAUAUGAAGAUCAAUGAUGCAGACUGCUGGGUUCGAUGAAGCUGGACAUUUAUAACUAGAUUCAUUAAGGAAUACAAAGAAAAUAUUUAAAGGGAUCAAUAAUGGUGUCUUCUAGUUGCAGAAUGCGAAGUCUGUGGUUUAUCAUUAUAAUCAGCUUCUUACCUAAUACAGAAGGUUUCAGCAGAGCAGCUUUACCAUUUGGGUUAGUUAGGCGAGAAUUAUCCUGUGAAGGUUAUUCUAUAGAUCUGCGAUGUCCGGGCAGUGAUGUCAUCAUGAUUGAGAGCGCUAACUACGGUCGGACAGAUGACAAGAUUUGUGAUGCUGACCCAUUUCAGAUGGAAAAUACAGACUGCUACCUCCCAGAUGCCUUCAAAAUUAUGACUCAAAGGUGCAACAAUCGAACACAGUGUAUAGUAGUUACUGGGUCAGAUGUAUUUCCUGAUCCAUGUCCUGGAACAUACAAAUACCUUGAAGUCCAAUAUGAGUGUGUCCCUUACAUUUUUGUGUGCCCUGGGACCUUGAAAGCAAUUGUGGACUCACCAUGUAUAUAUGAAGCAGAACAAAAGGCAGGUGCUUGGUGCAAAGAUCCUCUUCAGGCUGCAGAUAAAAUUUAUUUCAUGCCCUGGACUCCCUAUCGUACUGAUACUUUAAUAGAAUAUGCUUCUUUAGAAGAUUUCCAAAACAGUCGUCAAACAACAACAUAUAAACUUCCAAAUCGAGUAGAUGGUACUGGAUUUGUGGUAUAUGAUGGUGCUGUCUUCUUUAACAAGGAAAGAACAAGGAAUAUUGUGAAAUUUGACUUGAGGACUAGAAUUAAGAGUGGCGAGGCCAUAAUUAACUAUGCCAACUACCAUGAUACCUCACCAUAUAGAUGGGGAGGAAAGACUGAUAUCGACCUAGCAGUUGAUGAAAAUGGCUUAUGGGUCAUUUAUGCCACUGAACAGAACAAUGGAAUGAUAGUUAUCAGCCAACUUAAUCCAUAUACUCUUCGAUUUGAAGCAACAUGGGAGACUGUAUACGACAAACGUGCUGCAUCAAAUGCUUUUAUGAUAUGUGGAGUGCUCUAUGUGGUCAGGUCCGUUUAUCAAGACAAUGAAAGUGAAACAGGCAAGAAUGCAAUUGAUUAUAUUUACAAUACCCGAUUAAACCGAGGAGAAUAUGUAGAUGUUCCCUUCCCCAACCAGUACCAGUAUAUUGCUGCGGUGGAUUACAAUCCAAGAGAUAACCAACUCUAUGUGUGGAAUAAUAACUUCAUUUUACGAUAUUCUCUGGAGUUUGGUCCACCUGAUCCUGCCCAAGUGCCUACCACAGCUGUGACAAUAACUUCUUCAGCUGAGCUGUUCAAAACCACAGUAUCAACCACAAGCACUACUUCACAGAAAGGCCCUAUGAGCACAACUGUAGCUGGAUCACAGGAAGGAAGCAAAGGGACAAAACCACCUCCAGCAGUUUCUACAACCAAAAUUCCUCCUGUAACAAAUAUUUUUCCCCUGCCAGAGAGAUUCUGCGAAGCGUUAGACGCGAGGGGGAUAAGGUGGCCUCAGACACAAAGGGGAAUGAUGGUUGAACGACCAUGUCCCAAGGGAACAAGAGGAACUGCCUCGUAUCUCUGCAUGGUUUCCACUGGAACAUGGAACCCUAAGGGCCCAGAUCUUAGCAACUGUACCUCACACUGGGUAAAUCAGCUGGCUCAGAAGAUCAGAAGUGGAGAAAACGCUGCUAGUCUUGCCAAUGAACUGGCUAAACAUACCAAAGGGCCUGUGUUUGCUGGGGAUGUGAGUUCUUCAGUGAGAUUGAUGGAGCAGCUGGUGGAUAUCCUUGAUGCUCAGCUCCAAGAACUGAAACCUAGUGAAAAGGAUUCAGCUGGACGGAGUUAUAACAAGCUCCAAAAACGAGAGAAGACAUGCAGGGCUUACCUUAAGGCAAUUGUUGACACUGUAGACAACCUUCUGAGACCUGAAGCUUUGGAAUCAUGGAAACAUAUGAAUUCUUCUGAACAAGCACAUACUGCAACAAUGUUACUUGAUACUUUGGAAGAAGGAGCUUUUGUCCUAGCUGACAAUCUCUUAGAACCAACAAGGGUCUCAAUGCCCACAGAAAAUAUUGUUCUGGAAGUUGCUGUACUUAGUACAGAAGGACAAGUCCAAGAUUUUAAAUUUCCUCUGGGCAUCAAAGGAGCAGGCAGCUCAAUUCAGCUCUCUGCAAAUACUGUCAAACAGAACAGCAGGAAUGGGCUUGCAAAGUUGGUGUUCAUCAUUUACCGUAGUCUGGGACAGUUCCUUAGUACAGAAAAUGCAACCAUAAAACUGGGUGCUGACUUCCUUGGUCGUAAUAGCACCAUUGCAGUGAAUUCUCACGUCAUUUCGGUUUCAAUCAAUAAAGAGUCCAGCCGAGUAUACCUGACUGAUCCUGUGCUUUUUACCCUGCCACACAUUGAUCCUGACAAUUAUUUCAAUGCAAACUGCUCCUUCUGGAACUACUCAGAGAGAACUAUGAUGGGAUAUUGGUCUACCCAGGGCUGCAAGCUGGUUGACACUAAUAAAACUCGUACAACGUGUGCAUGCAGCCACCUAACCAAUUUUGCAAUUCUCAUGGCCCACAGGGAAAUUGCAUAUAAAGAUGGAGUUCAUGAAUUACUUCUUACAGUCAUUACCUGGGUGGGAAUUGUCAUUUCCCUUGUUUGCCUGGCUAUCUGCAUCUUCACUUUCUGCUUUUUCCGUGGCCUACAGAGCGACCGCAAUACUAUUCACAAGAACCUUUGUAUCAAUCUUUUCAUUGCUGAAUUUAUUUUCCUAAUAGGCAUUGAUAAAACAAAAUACACGAUUGCAUGCCCAAUAUUUGCAGGACUUCUACAUUUUUUCUUUUUGGCGGCUUUUGCUUGGAUGUGCCUAGAAGGUGUGCAGCUCUAUCUAAUGUUAGUUGAAGUUUUUGAAAGUGAAUAUUCAAGGAAGAAAUAUUAUUAUGUUGCUGGUUACUUGUUUCCUGCCACAGUGGUUGGAGUUUCAGCUGCUAUUGACUAUAAGAGCUAUGGAACAGAAAAAGCUUGCUGGCUUCAUGUUGAUAACUAUUUUAUAUGGAGUUUCAUUGGACCUGUUACCUUCAUUAUUCUGCUAAAUAUUAUCUUCCUGGUGAUCACAUUGUGCAAAAUGGUGAAGCAUUCAAACACUUUAAAACCAGAUUCUAGCAGGUUGGAAAACAUUAAGUCUUGGGUGCUUGGUGCUUUCGCUCUUCUGUGUCUUCUUGGCCUGACCUGGUCAUUUGGGUUGCUUUUUAUUAAUGAGGAGACUAUUGUGAUGGCAUAUCUCUUCACCAUCUUUAAUGCUUUCCAGGGAGUGUUCAUUUUCAUCUUUCACUGUGCUCUCCAAAAGAAAGUACGAAAAGAAUAUGGCAAGUGCUUCAGACAUUCGUAUUGCUGUGGUGGCCUCCCAACUGAGAGCCCCCACAGUUCAGUGAAGGCAUCAACCACCAGAACCAGUGCUCGGUAUUCCUCUGGCACACAGAGUCGUAUAAGAAGGAUGUGGAAUGACACUGUGAGAAAACAAUCUGAAUCUUCUUUUAUCUCAGGUGACAUCAACAGCACUUCAACACUUAAUCAAGGACAUUCACUGAACAAUGCCAGGGAUACAAGUGCCAUGGAUACUCUACCGCUAAAUGGUAAUUUUAACAACAGCUACUCACUGCGCAAGGGGGACUAUAAUGACAGUGUGCAAGUCGUGGACUGUGGACUAAAUCUGAAUGAUACUGCUUUCGAGAAAAUGAUCAUUUCAGAAUUAGUGCACAACAACCUACGGGGCAGCAGCAAGACACACAACCUGGAGCUCACACUGCCAGUCAAACCAGUGAUUGGAGGUAGCAGCAGUGAAGAUGAUGCUAUUGUGGCAGAUGCCUCAUCUUUAAUGCACGGAGACAACCCAGGGCUGGAGCUCCAUCACAAGGAACUUGAGGCACCACUCAUUCCUCAGCGGACUCAUUCCCUUCUCUACCAACCCCAGAAGAAAGUGAAGCUCGAGGGAACUGACAGCUAUGUCUCCCAGCUGACGGCAGAGGCUGAGGAUCACCUACAGUCCCCCAACAGAGACUCUCUCUACACGAGCAUGCCCAAUCUUAGAGACUCUCCCUAUCAGGAGAGCAGCCCCGAAAUGGAAGAAGACCUCUCUCCCUCCAGGAGGAGUGAGAAUGAGGACAUUUACUAUAAAAGUAUGCCAAAUCUUGGAGCUGGCCACCAGCUUCAGAUGUGCUACCAGAUCAGCAGAGGCAAUAGUGAUGGUUACAUAAUCCCCAUUAACAAGGAAGGGUGUAUUCCAGAAGGAGAUGUGAGGGAAGGACAGAUGCAGCUGGUAACAAGUCUUUAACAGUACAGCUAAGGAAUCCCAAGGGCCACAUGCAAGUAUUAAUAAAUAAGUAAAGACUCCGUUGGCCCAACGCAGCUCCCUCAAACUCUGCUUGAAGAGACGCUCUGUUGACCUAUCAUCCUCCAGUGUAAAAAAGAUGACUGAACCUUGCAGUUCUGUGAAUUUUUAUAAAACAUACAAAAACUUUGUACAUACACAGAGUAUACUAAAAUGAAUUAUUUGUUACAAGGAAAAGAGAUGCCAACCAGGUAUUUUAAGAUUCUGCUGCUGUUUAGAAAAAUUGUGAAACAAACAAAACAGAACUUUCCAGCCAUUUUACUGCAGCAGUCUGUGAACUAAAUUUGUAAAUAUGGCUGCACCAUUUUUGUAGGCCUGCAUUGUAUUAUAUACAAGACGUAGGCUUUAAAAUCCUGUGGGACAAAUUUACUGUACCUUACUGUUCCUGACAAGACUUGGAAAAGCAGGAGAGAUAUUCUGCAUCAGUUUGCAGUUCACUGCAAAUCUUUUACAUUAAGGCAAAGAUUGAAAACAUGUUUAACCACUAGCAAUCAAGCCACAGGCCUUAUUUCAUAUGUUUCCUCAACUGUACAAUGAACUAUUCUCAUGAAAAAUGGCUAAAGAAAUUAUAUUUUGUUCUAUUGCUAGGGUAAAAUAAAUACAUUUGUGUCCAACUGAAAUAUAAUUGUCAUUAAAAUAAUUUUAAAGAGUUUGAAGGAAAUAUUGUGAAAAGCUCUUGGUUGCACAUAUGUUCUAAAAUGUUUUUUCUUAUACUUUGUCAUGGUAAGUUCUACCCAUUAUCACUUAUUUUCCACUGUAUACAGUGUUCUUACUUUGACAAGUUAGUCUUUAUUCUUACAUCUAAAUUUCUUAUUGCCAAAAGAACGUGUUCAAUGAGGAGAAAACUUGGAAGCCAGUUACGCCAUGCCUUGCACAAAUGUGGUGAAAUCUAGAAAAGACUGUGUGUUGCUCCUCUGUUUAUUCUUGAACAGAGGACAGAGGGCACUGGGCACUUCUUACAAACUUUCUAGUGAACAAAGGUGCCUAUUCUUUUUUAAAAAAUAAAAUAAAACCUAAAUAUUACUCUUCCAUAUUCCUUCUGCCUAUAUUUAGUAAUUAAUUUAUUUUAUGAUAAAGUUCUAAUGAAAUGUAAAUUGUUUCAGCAAAAUUCUGCUUUUCUUUUCAUCCCUUUGUGUAAACCUGUUAAUAAUGAGCCCAUCACUAAUAUCCAGUGUAAAGUUUAACACG